GCUCAUUGAGCUGAUUUCAUACAAUACCAUUCUCUGCUAUUUUAUCUAUAUAUAUAUAAAUAUCCAUGUGUAUAUUGUUGUAUAUAUUUUAUUAUAUAAAUUAUUGCAAACCCAACCGAGUCUAGUUUGGAUCUCAAUUUCUUGCAGAUCAUAUUAUGGCUGAAGAUCAAAAUUCUAAAGACAAGCCUGUUCAUCAUCAAAUCAUAAUAGACAUAAGACACUGGGAAUCAGAGUGUUCAGAUCGUAUAAUUUACAAAAUUCCCAGAAAAAUUCGCAAGGUAAACGAAUCAGCUUACACUCCUCAACUUGUUUCAAUUGGUCCUUAUCACUAUGCCAAUGAAGAUUUGAGUGAAAUGGAGACUGUUAAAUCAAAUUAUUACUAUCCCAUUUUCCUUGAACGAUUUGGUGAUCAAAAAGCAAUCGAGUCUGAUCUUAAAAAUGUCAUAAAAGAUUGUUCUGAUAAGCUUAGAAGUAGUUAUGAAGGAAUACCAUCAAAUUUGUUGUUAGAGAAUAAUGACUCCAAUCUGUUUGAUGAAAUUAUUCUUAGAGAUUGUUGCUUUAUUCUUGAGCUUUUCUUGAGGAAUGUUGAUAAGGAGCAAGAGGGUAAGAGGGAUUGUAUCUUGAGAACUCCAUGGUUGAGGAAAGCUGUUAAGCUUGAUUUGAUUUUGCUUGAGAAUCAGCUUCCUUUUUUUGUUCUUAGAAAAGUUUAUGAAGCUGUUGAAAAACAUCUUCUUAGUCCUGUCAAAAUUCCCAACUCUGUUUGUUUGAACUCUUCUUCUUCUUCUGAUCCUCAUCAUCAUAAUCAUCAUAAGGGGUCUUUGAUUGAUUGUUACCAAGUUGAAGAAAAAUCAAGCCAUAAGAAAUCAGCUGAUGAGGAUGAUGAUGAUGAUCAUGAUCAAGAAGAUGAUACCCUUUUGAAACUCACUCUUUAUUUCUUUGAAGAACAUUAUUUGACUGAAACUUGCAAAAGGGUUAAGCCUAAAGACAUCAAGGAAAUCAAACACUUUACUGAUUUGCUUAGAGAGUUUUGGCUUCCAAGAAAGUUCAUAAGUCAAAGUUCAUCAGAAAGCACAAUAGAUAGGAAGUUUAUAAGUAGAAAAAAGAUGAAAUCAGAGAGCAUAACAGAAAGGAAGUAUCUUUACUCUGCCACUAAGCUUGAUAAAGCCGGUGUGACUUUCGAGCCUGCUCGGAAAAAAAUAUGCCUAACUGAUGUGAAGAUCUCUAAGAAGAAGGUUGUUCUGAAAUUCAUACCAGCUAUAAAGGGUAUGAGGUUAAAGCUUCCUGAGUUGAAGAUUGAGAAUGAUACAGAGUCUCUGCUUAGAAAUGUUAUGGCUUUGGAGCAAUGUCUUUACCCUGAUAAAGAUUACAUUUGUGGUUAUGUUGCUCUAAUGGAUCAGCUCAUAAACACAGGUGAAGAUGUUGAUUUUCUUGUUGAUAAGAAGAUUUUGACAAACUUGCUUGGGAGUAACAAGGAAGCAGCUAAGUUGAUCAACAGUCUUUGUAAUCAGAUUCCAAGGGAGAAGUCUUACUAUGCUUGUUUUUAUAAUGAUCUGAAUACGUUUUAUGAGAAUAGAUGGAAUGUUACAAGGGCAACACUGAAAAAGGUUUACUUUAAGGAUCUUUGGACUGGUAGUUCCACUGUUGUUGGACUCUUUGUUCUGCUUUUUACUGUCUCUGCAACACUUAAGAAUGUCUACUUUAGACAUCUUUAAUUAAUACUACUUUAGGCAUAUAUAUAUAUAUAUAUGUUUGGUUUGAGAUAUGAUAUGAUCACUUUUUCAGUGCUCAUGAAACUCAAAAUAAAGGUGUGAUUUCUAUUUUAUUUUGUAUAAUAUUUAUAAGUUUAUAUAUUUCUUCGCAAUAAAUGUUUGUAUAACUUCUUAAGAUAUUCAAAAUCUUCACUAGUUUAAUAUGUUGA